CAAACGCCGAAUCAACCGACCCCCUCCUUCUCUGUCCUCUGGCAGGUUCGUCUUCGAUUCUCCAUCCAAGUCUAUCAGAGUCGGCAGAGACUUUCCUCGACUCAAUCGGAACCUUCGUUAUCCUGGAACGGAAACCAUGGCGACGAUCGGUAGCAAUAGCAUCAACGCCAAGCUCGUCUUGUUGGGCGACAUGGGCGCCGGGAAGUCCAGCCUCGUUCUUCGUUUCGUCAAGGGCCAGUUCCUCGAAUUCCAGGAGUCCACGAUCGGGGCGGCCUUUUUCUCGCAGACACUGGCGGUGAGCGACGCCACAGUGAAGCUUGAGAUUUGGGACACGGCCGGGCAGGAGAGGUACCACAGCCUGGCGCCGAUGUAUUACAGAGGAGCAGCUGCUGCGAUUAUUGUGUAUGAUAUCUCCAGAAUGGAAUCAUUUGAGAAGGCUAAGAAAUGGGUGCAAGAGCUUCAAAAACAAGGUUCUCCCAAUCUGGUGACUGCUCUUGCGGGAAAUAAAUGUGACUUGGAUGAUAAAAGAGAGGUCCCAACUGAGGAAGCACGGACAUAUGCCGAAGAGAAUGGACUUUUAUUCAUGGAAACCUCUGCUAAAACUGCCAUAAAUGUGAAUGACAUAUUCUAUGAAAUAGCAAGAAGAUUACCACGGGCUCAACCUGCUCAGCAGCCAGCAGGGAUGGUUCUUGCAGAUAGGCCAACUCAAAGAUCACAGACAUCAGCCUGCUGCUCUUAGGAUCAAGUCCAACAGAGGAAACUAAUCCAAGAGAAUUCGGUCUCUGAAGGUGCAACGAGAGAUGGAAGUUGUGAACCAGUGGAGAUAGAUAAAAGGUACAAGUGCUCUGUUUCAUCUUCCCCCCUCCUAUUCGACCUCCUGUUUCUGGACCCUGUAAAUUUGCCUUGUGUUCUUUCCAUCAAACUCAUGUUAAACAUGAUACUUGGUGUAAUUAGAAUUGUAUGAAGAAUAUUAAUAAAUCUGUACUGGAACCUAUUGGCUUCU